CGAGCUGCAGCGCGAGGCUCAUGUCAUCUCUGGACUUGAUGAAAAAAGAUUGUUUGGCUUCAGGGACGCUGUCCUCGGCUUCUUUUAAAAGAAGGUUCAUCAAGAAGAGCAGGGUCGCUCCCGGGGGGCAGCAGGAUGCCGAGGGGGACUGUCAGCUCUGCAGGUGUUCCAUAUUUUCCGUGUCCGGUAGCGGUCGCACCGUUCGUCGGAUUCUGACAGCCUGCGUCCUCUCUUUCCUGGCUCUCCUGGGCUCCGUAUCCAUCGACCUCAGCUCCAACUUCGACCUUCUUCACACCACUGAAGCGGCCUACGACGAGCUGACCUCCUGCAGAACGAUCGCCAUCCUGCAACUGGUCAGUAAGCUCCAAGAGAUGAGACGUUUGAUCACCAACGAGACUCUGGAGGGAAGUUUUUCAGACGUUGUGCUUCCUGUUUUUGGCCGAUUCUGUGCAGAAAUGGCGGGCCACAGUAACGGACGCGGGCUUCCCUGCAGUGUUGAGUUGGCUGGGUUUUGUGAGGACAUUUGGAUCAGGGUUCAGCGAUUCCUGAAUUCUUCCUCUGAUGCAAACAGCACCAGUGAGAACGGUACUUCUGCUUUCUCCCUGACCAUUGAAAGACUUCUGGAUACGUGGGGUACGCUGGGAGAGACCGUCGUCAAGGCCAAACAGAGUUCUAACUGGAGAGACGUACUGUCUGCAAGCCUUCUGGUCAGAUUCAGGGAGCUAAACCACCAGAUAAUGGACUCCCCUCACACCGGAACUCAAAGUGACUUCAAGGAAAAGUGGACUCAUGUUUUAAGCUUGCUCGUCUUUGCUCGAGUGAUGUCAGAGCGACUGAACGACUGCUGGUUGGAGAACGUAGAACUCAAGUUAAACUCCAGCACACAUGAAAAACAUUCGUAUAUUUUGGACUCAAGUCUUUGGCAGAUCUCUGACGCAGCACCAGAGAUUCUUUCUGGUUCUAAAACCGGAGUCAAAGCUCUGAAAAACACUGAGCGCUGCCUGUUCGAUCGAGCCGUGCCGGCUCUCAGGUUGGCGUCUCGGUCCGUGUCUUCAGGCCUCAGUAUGAGGGUCUGCCUGCUGGCCUUAGCCUGCCUCAUCUACCCUGUGGUGAUGUUCUCCUUUAAGCAGAUGACCGAGUGGAUCCAGAACUACGCCCACACCCUGAAGGAGAAGACGGAGGACCUGAAGCGCCAGAGGCAGCUGGCUGAGGAUCUGCUGCACCAAAUGCUGCCCAAAUCAGUCGCCAAACAGCUCCGGCAGCGGAAACAUGUGGAGGCUGAGAGCUACGACAAGGUGACCAUUUUCUUCUCAGACAUCGUCGGCUUCACGUCGAUCUCAGCGUCCUGUACUCCCUUACAGGUAGUGGAGAUGCUCAACAACCUCUACAUGUGCUUCGACACACGCAUCGACUCCUACGACGUCUACAAGGUGGAGACAAUCGGGGACGCAUACAUGGUGGUGAGCGGUCUACCUGAGAGAAACGGGGACAGACACGCUGAUGAGAUUGCAAAGAUGGCUCUGGACCUGGUAGCAGCCGUCAGACAGGUCUCCAUCCCUCACAUGCCCAACCAGAGGCUGCAGCUCCGAGCUGGCAUCCACACAGGUCCAUGUGUGGCAGGAAUCGUGGGCUACAAGAUGCCCAGGUACUGUCUGUUUGGAGAUACGGUCAACACGGCCUCCAGGAUGGAGUCCACCAGCCUGCCUCAGAAAAUCCACGCCAGUUCAGAAACCUACCUGGCUCUGAUUAAAGACAACGCCUACGAGCUGCAGCUCCGUGGAGAGAUCGAGGUGAAGGGUAAAGGUAAAAUGAACACCUACUGGCUGGUUGGUCAUAAGAACUACAGCGUGCAGAACGACAGUCUGGUCUGUCACUGGAACCCAAACAUGGCCAGGAAGAAGAAGACGGUGGCCGGCAGUGACGUCUCUGUGGGAAAUUCCUCAGUGACCGUCCAGAGCCUCAGCGACAACGCCACCACCCCGCUCUCCCAAACGCCCCCUCAGCCUCAGAGAGACAAACCUGAGCUGAGCGUCGCAGCUCAGAUGGAGUCCACCAGUGGCCAUGAUGGAGGACCCACAGUGAGAGUAGAGCCUUCUUCAGGAACCUAAGGGUGCACAGACCUGACCUGUCCAUCCAGAAUCCGUUUUAGUGAUGCGGAGGGUUCACCUGAAUGAUAAAUCUACAUCAGCAGUUAGAAGAGCAUCAGAACUCAAACUCAGCACAUCCUCAUAUCUGAACACGUCUCUAGGCCAGGUAGAACUUAGAAUAAAAUAAAUAAAAAUAUAAGCUCACUAUUGGUGACAUAUCGACCUUCUAACACUAAUCCUGCUGUUUUACCUCCUCACACCUGUAGGUUCUGUGCAUAGAGGUAGGGUUUCCUGAGUCUUGUUGGUGAGGAGGUUUAGGGUGAAGUUGUAGGACUACGUGACACUUCAUACAGAAAUUUUCCAGAGGCACACGCCAAACCGAGUAUUGUGACAAGUCUCCCAGAAUUCCUUGUGAAUCAUUGGUGAAAUGGCUGCACUAGAAGUGUACAGAUGUCAGCGGUUUCUUUGUAAAUAAGAUUUGAAAAUUCUGACAACAAUGAAAUAUAAUUUAAAGUCGUUUCAAUGAUGGUCCUUUUGGUUUUAAACAUCAAAUCUGUCCCUAAAUCACUCAUGUAGUUUUUUCCCUACCUUUUUGAUCCACAGCUAUUAUAACUUUAUCUGUAGGCCCCUUAGUGUAGGGAUUCUCACCAUUGGGGUUGGGACCCCCAUGGGGGUCGCGAGACACUGAGAGGGGGUCUCCAGAUGCCCUAAAAAUACUACAAAUAUUUUUUUAAUUACACCAUUGCCACUCUACACCAAUUUAGCCAGAUUUUAACAAAUCUUUAUCACUUUUUCCCCACAACUUUUGCCCAUUUUAACACAUUUUUGCCUCCUAAACCCAUUUCUGUCCAUUUUAAACCCUUCCUGAUACUUUUCCUGCCUGUUUUUGACGCUUUAAACCAAUUCUUGCCACUUCACAUCUAUAAUUGCCUCUGUUGACCCAUUUUUGCCUCUAUUAACCACUUUUUCAAACCACAUUUUAACGCCCAUUUUAACCACAUUUCACUAUUUAAUAUGCUAAUUCUUACCAGUUUGACCCAUUUCUGCCAAUGUUUCUGUCUCAGUUAGCCCUUUAUACUAGUUUAUAUGAAUUUUUCAUCCCAUCAGACCCCCUCUCAGUGUCUCCAAUGUUGAGAACCCCUGCCUUAGUGAAUGAAGCCUGUGGUCUUUUUGCCUAAAGAUGAAGGCACACAGGAAAAGGACCAUUUAUCAGCGUAGAAUAACAGAAGAGAUCAGUUAGAUAUCUGUUAUUGUUUCAUGGUAAUAAUAGCGUGUCAGUUUUAUAGAAUAGUUCAGAUUUCUCACUCAUGUUCUUUCUGAGUCAGAAAACUCUAAAGUCUGUUUUCAUAAAGACAUCUGAUCUCAAUGAUCCAGAAGUCACUUCAACAUUUCAUCACUGAGGUGUUGUGAGUCAAUAUUUGUAAACUUAAUGUACAUAUUUUGUGUAUUAUUUGUCUAGUUGUGUCUCUUUUUUGUCAGUGUGAAUCUGUGUCUCCUAAAUAUGAAAGACUAAUAAAUUUGGUUUAUUUGCUUGUUUAUCUCAUUUUAUUUUGAUCAUUUUUAAGAUCGUUUUUAACCAGAUGUGGAAAAAUGCUGACUUCUGUACUCUAAAACAGUACAGUUAGUCUGGUUUAAAUUUACCUAAGUAAAAGUAAAAAGUAUUUAGAGUUUAAGUGCUGAGUAGCUACUGAGGAGUUGUUCAGGUAAAGACACACCUCUGCUUUAGAGUCAAAAACACUGAAAAAAUGACACUGUUCAUUUCACACAU